AUGUUUAUGAAUUUUUCGCACUUGCGUUUUAUGCUAAUUUUUACGCAUCUGCGUAUUUUAUGCAGAUGCGUAUUUAACGCAGCUAAGUCGCAUGACCCAAAUAACCUUGUACUUGGCUGUGAACAAUAAAGUCUUGUUCUCCUGACCUUUCAUUCCUAAAAAAAGGUGGGAAAGUACUCAGCUUUUCCCAAUUAAAGCAAUCAAUGAUUUUCCUUGUCUUUUUGAGCCAGUUGUUCUGUGCUUUGGUGAAAGUCUGUACCAUGCCUAGUAGUGGACCAUUACGUUUGCGCCGGCCAUACUUGAGGGUGUUUGUCAUGUUAAUUAUCAUGAUUAUUCGCCGACUGCGCCACCCAAAUCGGGUAAAUGUCAUAUUAUACCUUAAUUCCCUGUGUUUUUGUCUAAUUAAUGUGGUUUGCUUGUGUGUGCCAGGAAGUUCCGCAUUCUAUUUACACCUCUUUCUUCGAUAUUGAACCUUUGCAGAAUGGUGGUGUUUUUUUACAAACUGUCCUCUUAAGAAGUUGCAUUGUUGGCCAUAGCAACCUUUUAUUGAAUUUUUUAUUCAAUGAUGCCGCUAUAUGGUGUCUCAAAUAUGCUUGUUCAUGGAACAGUGUUUUAUCAUACCGAGUAGCUUAAUAAAAAGUGGUACUCUGGUGUGUUAACAAUGUGUUAUUCCUAAUUUUUUGGAAAUAUUUUUUUUUUUGUCUUUUUAACUUUAUAUGUCUGAAUGUUAAUCCUUCCUGAAAAUAUGUUUUGUUUUUUACCUCAAAUUGUGUAUUGAACAUUUUGAAUAGUUUAUUCCUGUAUGACUAGAGUGCUAUGUGAUUCAACCUCUUUCGCUGUCAGGUAGUGUGUCGCUGUGAGGUGUAUUUUUGAGCUGAUUCUGCUUCUCCUGUGGCCCUUUUUGUACCUUGUCUGAAAAUGUAGAUGUUUAGACCAUUUUUUUUAAAUUUUGUUUAGGCUUAAUUUAGAUUUUUGUACCUUGAGUAACAUCCUAUGGCAAUGUGUGUCUGUUCAUUCUUUAUUUUUCCUUGAUUUGCCUUCCUUACAUUCUAGGAGCCCCGUAGACGACGAUUCUGGGUGCAUCCAUUCCUUCAGGAUCGCUUGUCCAAAGGUUUUCUUUCAGUGGUGUUUCAAGAUUUGAGAAGGGAUGAGGUUAAAUUUAAAAAUUAUUGCCGACUUUCUAUGUCGAUGUUUGAUCAACUUUUUGAAUUUAUCAAAGCUGAUUUGACUAUGACCACUACCUGUAUGCGGAAGCCAAUUUCACCCGAGGAUCGUUUGCUCAUCACCUUGCGAUUUUUAGCCACAGGAGAGAGCUAUGCAUCCCUGCACCUUCAAUUCAGGGUUGGUGUUUCGACCAUCUCCAGAAUUGUAAGGAGUACAUGCAGCGUGAUCUGGCAGAAAUUGCAGCCCACUGAGAUGCCGUGCCCAUCCGAGGAGACUUGGUUACAGGUUGCAGCAGGCUUUCAAACUGUAGCCAAUUUUCCAAACUGCAUAGGGGCAGUUGAUGGCAAACAUAUCAGGGUGCAGCAGCCACCGCACUCAGGCACUCGCUUUUAUAACUAUAAAAAAUAUUUUUCGAUUGUCCUGAUGGCGGUGGCUGAUGCUCACUCUCGAUUUGUUGCCAUUGAUGUUGGCAACUAUGGCAGUAGUGGAGAUUCUCGGGUGCUGCAAGUAUCAGCAAUUGGUAGGCAAAUUCUUCGAGAUUGUGUCACGCUCCCAGCUGCCAGACCUCUUCCGGGUUCCACAGUUGAUGUUCCCUUUGUGAUGGUAUCGGAUGAGGCUUUUCCAUUAUUGCCCAACCUGCUGCGCCCAUAUGCCCAAAGAGAACUUGAUGCUCGCCGGAGGAUUUUUAAUUAUAGGCUGGCACGGGCACGUAGAGUUGUGGAAUGCGCCUUUGGAAUAAUGAGUAGUCAGUGGAGGGUCCUGAAUACUGCAAUCCGUUUGGAUGUGAACACAGUUGAUAUUGUGGUGAAGGCUUGCUGUGUGCUUCACAACUUCAAUCGCAAUAACAUCCACGAUGGAGAUGUGUUGAUGCCACCAUCAAGCCUUCACACACAUAUCAACUGGGGUUCUCAACCUAACCCCAGCGGAACGCAGAUUCGGGAUUUCUUUGCUGACUAUUUUAUUAGUCCACAAGGUGCCGUGCCCUGGCAAUACUCCUGUGCCGGUGGUGAGCAAACCAGGGUGAUGGAAUCCAGGACCAGCUAAUAGUGUUUGAGAACAGCAUGCAAAUUACACUUUGAAAACUCUAAAGGCAAGAUGAUAAUAAACUGUGUGAAGAACACUCUUGCCAAGGUGUCUAAAGUGUGAAAUUACCCCCAUAGAAUCGUUAUUUCCGUGUCCUACCUGAUGGGUUUUUCAAAAUAAAUUUUUUUACAAU